AUGUCGAUGGACGGACUCCAGAACCCACAUGUUGCGGUCUUGCCGUUUCCUGCGCUGGGCCACUACAUUCCUUUGUUGGAACUCUCAAGGCUUGUUGCGUCCCAAGGUCUAACAAUCAGCUAUGUCACCACGCCCGCCAACGUACCCCGCCUGCAAGACUUCGUAGACGAAGCUGUAAACUGCGGUAUCGAUCUUCGCCUCCUAGUCCUUCCUACGCCACAUGUGGAAGGCCUGCCAGAGGGCCGAGAAAGCUCCGACGUUUGUCCCCCAGAGUCCGACGGCAGCAUAUUUGCGCUGGCCAACAAGCUCCAACAACCCUUCGAUGCUUGGAUGGAACAACAGGGACUAGCGGCGCCGCCAGUCUGUGUUGUGUUCGAUUCGUUCAUGGGAUGGGCGCGACAGAGCGCCGAAAAGUUUCAUAUUUCUUGCGUGGAGUUUAAUCCAUGCGGAGCCUUUGGAGUCAGCGGGUCCAACUCAGCCUCGCGCUCUAUCAUGCAGCGGGCGUUGGAGAAACAAGGGGAGGAUUGUCUUGUGUUGAGCUUGGAUCUUCCCAGGCCCCUAAGAUUCAAAAGCAAUGAGAUAAACAAGGAUUACUGGAGUGUAGACGGAUGA